AUGGUGAUAGAAGUUUCACAGGAGAUGAUCUCGGUAGGCUCCACACCCAGUGAGCCUGUUAGUGAAUCGAUUCAGGUGAUCAAUGAGUUUAAAGAGUUCAACACCUCAUUGAUCAAGUACAUGCGUGAUAGCUAUCUCUCACCGGCCAGUCCUGACAACGGAUUGACCUACCACAUUGUCUCCGUGUUUGGAUCGCAAUCCACUGGAAAAUCCACUCUUCUGAACAACUUGUUUGGAACAAAGUUCGAUGUCAUGGACGAGGUAUCUCGUCAGCAGACCACCAAGGGCAUUUGGCUGGCACAUGCCACACACGUUGCCUCAGCCGUUGAAGGCGGUAGCUCCUCUAAUUCGACAAACAUUUAUGUGAUGGAUGUGGAAGGAACGGACGGAAGAGAGAGGGGCGAGGACCAAGACUUUGAGAGGAAAUCCGCGCUGUUUGCCCUCUCCACAUCAGAGGUCCUGCUUAUCAAUAUUUGGGAAUACCAGGUUGGUCUUUACCAGGGUGCUAAUCUGGGUCUGUUGAGAACGGUAUUCGAAGUCAAUCUGGCCCUUUUCUCACAAGAAAGAACAAAAUCAUUGAUUCUGUUUGUUAUCAGAGAUCACGUGGGAAACACUCCUCUGGAGAAUCUUGCUGGCACUCUUACUGCUGAUCUGGAAAAGAUUUGGGACCAGCUUAGUAAACCUGCAGGUGCAGAGACUUUGAAGCUGAAUGACUUUUUUGAUUUGAAAUUCGCAGCUUUGUCGCACAAAGUCUUGCAGCCAGAAGCCUUCCGGGAGGAUGUAGCCAAACUUGGCGACAGGUUUACAGGUUCCGAGCUCUUUAAGCCCGAAUAUCAUAGGGGUGUUCCUAUUGAUGGUUGGACUGUUUACUCAGAACAGAUAUGGGAACAAAUUGAGACGAAUAAAGAUUUGGAUCUGCCAACUCAAAGAAUAGCCGCUGCCCGCCAGCGCUGUGAUGAGAUAUCGUCCGAGUGUUAUGCCUCGUUUCUAGCAGAGUUCAAGAGCAUCGACCCUGUGGUGCUAUCGGGAAAAGACCUUUCAGAAAAACUCAAGGCGAUUAGGUCAACUGCUUUAUCCUCUUACAACGUUAGUGCAGUGAGGUACCCAAAUGUCGCAUAUCUAGAGAGACAGGCCUCACUGAAAGAGAAAUUGGAUCAGAACAUCAAGGACAUUUUGUCCUCCGAAAUCCGGGGAGCAUCCAAACUAGUAUCUCAGAAAUUUACCAAUGACAUUGAAGCAGCAAAGAAGUCAAGAUCGUCCGAGCCAUAUGCUGAUGUGGUACAAUCACUCUUGCAAAGCGCUCUCUCAGAGUUUGAAACUGCUGCCGGUGUCUACUCAAUUGUCGAUGAUGAGGAUGUUCAUAUCGUGAGUUACAGCUCCGAGCUGACAGAACUAACUGCUGACCUUGGUAAGGCCGCUAGUGAGGCAGUUUUCAGACAGAGACAACAGGAGAUUCUUAGUCGCACUUCAAAGAGUUUUCAGGCCAAGAUGAAGAAGACCAUAUCGUCUCUUAUCAGAUCUCCUACCUCAAGUACCUGGGACUUGGUGAUUGAGGCAUUCGAAGACACCGCAAAAUCCCUGUUAGCGCCCUACAGAACUGAAAGUGGUUACGACUUUGGUCUGGGGACCUCUGAAGAAACUACCAGCGGGCUCUAUAUGCAGAUUCGCAAGCAAUUCUGGAUCAAAUUUAGAGAUUUGCUGCACAUUCUUGUCACCGAAGACUCUGUUUCAUGGAUUUUGAGAAACAAGUUUGAGGAUCUUUUCAGAUUUGACAAAGAAGGAGUUCCAAGAAUAUGGCGCAAUGCAUCUCAGGUGGAUGAAGAGUUCAAGAAAGCUAGAACAAUUACUUUCUCUCUUCUUCCAGUGCUGGCAGACGCGGUAUUAUCAGAUGGAACUGAGAUCCACCCUGACGUGGAUAUCGCUCACGAUGUAGAGGUCACCAACUCCGAAGAGAACCCUCACAUCAUAUCACAUUUGCUGGGCUCUGAGGAACAACAGAAUGUGAUGGACAGACUCAAAAAAGAGAUCAAUGCGAUCUAUGUGGAGACCAAAAGAGCCACCAUCCAAAGUGCAGCCCACAUCCCGUUCUACAUCUACGUCGUCAUCUUGGUUCUCGGAUGGAACGAGUUCAUGGCCGUUUUGCGCAACCCUCUUCUGUGCACUCUGAUCAUCUUGUCUGGUGGAGGGUUCUACGUGUGCUAUCAGUUGCAGAUGCUUGGACCAAUUCUCAGUGUUGCUACUGCUAUGUUCGAAGAGACCAAGGUGGUGAUCAAGGCUAAGCUCAAGGAGCUGCUGCUGGAGCCAGAAGCGGCAGCUGUGCCUGCUCCGGAGAUCAUUGAGCUAGAUGAUUUGAGUGAACUGAAAAAGGACUAA